UGUAGGUCACAGAAGCAUGGAAUGUAGGGUUGGAAUGGACCUUGGAGGUCACAGAAACAUGGAAUGUAGGGUUGGAAGGGAACUUGAAGGUCACAGAGGCAUGGAAUGUAGGAUUGGAAGGGACCUUGGAGGUCACAAAAGCAUGGAAUGUAGGGUUGGAAUGGACCUUGAAGGUCACAAAAGCAUGGAAUGUAGGGUUGGAAGGGACCUUGAAGGUCACAGAGGCAUGGAAUGUAGGGUUGGAAGGGACCUUGAAGGUCACAGAAGCAUGGAAUGUAGAGUUGGAAGGGACCUUGUAGGUCACAGAAACAUGGAAUGUAGGGUUGGAAGGGAACUUGAAGGUCACAGAGGCAUGGAAUGUAGGAUUGGAAGGGACCUUGGAGGUCACAAAAGCAUGGAAUGUAGGGUUGGAAUGGACCUUGAAGGUCACAAAAGCAUGGAAUGUAGGGUUGGAAGGGACCUUGAAGGUCACAGAGGCAUGGAAUGUAGGGUUGGAAGGGACCUUGAAGGUCACAGAGGCAUGGAAUGUAGGGUAGGAAGGGACCUUGAAGGUCACAGAAGCAUGGAAUGUAGGGUUGGAAGGGACCUUGAAGGUCACAGAAGCAUGGAAUGUAGGGUUGGAAGGGAUCUUGAAGGUCACAGAAGCAUGGAAUGUAGAGUUGGAAGGGACCUUGUAGGUCACAGAAGCAUGGAAUGUAGGUUUGGAAUGGACCUUGAAGGUCACAAAAGCGUGGAAUGUAGGGUUGGAAGGGACCUUGAAGGUCACAGAAACAUGGAAUGUAGGGUUGGAAGGGACCUUGAAGGUCACAGAAGCAUGGAAUGUAGGGUUGGAAGGGACCUUGAAGGUCACAGAGGCAUGGAAUGUAGGGUUGGAAGGGACCUUGAAGGUCACAGAAGCAUGGAAUGUAGGAUUGGAAGGGACCUUGAAGGUCACAAAAGCAUGGAAUGUCGUGUUGGAAGGGAUGUUGAAGGUCAAAGAAGCAUGGAAUGGACCUUGGACGUCACAAACCAUGGAAUGUAG